AGCUAGAGGACAGGCUGUCCUCUUUGAGAUCACCCUGGAGUGGUGGUACACCUCAAUCUCUUAGCACCUUGCUUGCCUGCACCCUUCAUUCCUCGUUUCCUGUACCUCUCCAGUUUGCCUUGUCUUUCCUCCUCACGUUUCUUCAGCAGCUAUGACCAGCCUGAAGGAAAUCUGUCGUGGCCUUCCUCUAUCCCCUUUGCCUGAAAACAGAGGUCGGAGGAAAGGAAUACCCCAUGCACCCGUGAGAACCCCUAAUCUCACUGCUCAGGAGAAAAAGCUGGCUUUGCACAAUGCCUUGCGUUAUUUCCCACCUGAAAUACAAAAGAAGCUGGCACCGGAAUUUGCUGAAGAACUCAGGCUGUACGGCCAUAUCUAUAUGUACAGAUUCUUUCCAGAUAUUGAGAUGAGAGCGUACCCCAUAGGAGACUAUCCCUGCAAGACCAAAUCGGCUGCUGCCAUUAUGUUGAUGAUCAUGAAUAAUCUGGAUCCCUCAGUGGCUCAGUUUCCUCAGGAGCUUGUCACUUAUGGAGGAAAUGGACAGGUCUUCAGCAAUUGGGCACAGGUAGGACAUUGCUGCUUUUGGAACUUGUUUGAUGAAACCAGUUUCACCCUCCCCCACGCACGUUCUGCUUAG